AUGCUUCCUUCAUCGAAUCAAUCCACAUCUUCAACUCCAUUGAUUCAGGUUCAAAAUUAUAAAAUCCCAUACUGGGGAGUUGGAGGCUCUUCGCAAGAUCUUGAUGUGGACUCAACCAGUAGCAGCACUAACAACACGAUCGGAUCAUCAUCUUCUUCUUCCGAUCAACCACCACAAAUACCAACCACUCAUCCACAACACUCGCAAGUCAAAUUUCCAUACUAUCUUGAAGUCAUCAAAGAAGGAGAAUUACUUGAAGAUGAGAAUAUUGAUAUUUCAAAACAAUCGUAUUAUGUGUUCGGAAGACAACAAGACAUGAGUCAUGUUCUAUGUGCUAAUAAUAGUAUUUCAAGACAACAUUGUUUGAUACAACAUGCCAAGAAUGGAAGAGUUUAUUUAUAUGAUCUAGGAAGUGCUAAUGGAACGUUUUGGAAUAAUAGAAAACAUCAAUGUAAGCCUCAUCGAUUUAUUCCUCUAUGGUUAGGAAAUUCAUUUACGCUUGGAAUGAGUUCUAGAAGUUAUGUAUUAAGUGUUAAGGAAGGUUAUGAAGAUUCUGUUCGAAAACUCGAAGAAGAUUUACGAAAGAGAAAAACAUUGUUUGAAAUUAAAAGUGAAAAGAAAAAAAAGAAUGCAUCGACAGAAAAGAAACGAAAAAAUUAUGAUAGUGAAGGUGAGGAAAUCUCAGAAGAUGAAUUACCAGAAGAUUACGAUGAAAAUGAAGAUAAUAGAAAUAAGAGGUUGAGAAUUGAAGAUCAAUUAACAAAAAUCGAUGAGUUCAUCAAGUUCAUCAUUCAUCAUGGAUAUGAAAAACCAUCCACUUUGGAAGGUCUUGUUGAGAAACAAGAACAAUUGAAAUUACAUUUAACAAAUUUGAAAAAAGAAUUGGAAACAGAAAUUCAAAUGAUUCAAGAUCAACAACAACAACAACAUUCCAAUACAUCCAAUGAAGGAGAAGAAGAAGAUGAAUUUGAAAAAUAUAUGAAUAGCAUUAAUUCUAGUCUCAUCUCUCAGAAUACUGAAAAACAAAAACAAUUAGAAAAAGAAAUUAAAGAACUUGAAGAAGAAUUAUCGAAAAUUCAAGAUGCCAUCACAAAAGCAAAACCUUCUACUCAAAGUGCGAAAGAUCGAAAACAAUUUGAAAGAGAUGCUGAAAUUAUGAGAGAUCGAUUGACGAGGGAUAUGUUUUUAAAGCAAUCAUCACCACAAUCCGAUUCUGUUAAUAGCGGAACUUCUAAUAAGGUUGACUAA